AUGGCUGAUUCAGAUGACGAACUCUACUAUCUGCAGCCUGAUUUUAACCUCAACUCUCUGACCAUUCCCAAGCUUCGUGGCAUCCUCGUACAACAUGACGUUGCCUGGUCGUCGUCGGCAAAGAAAGCAGAGCUGGUAGAUCUGAUUCAGACUGAGAUUCUACCCAAGGCGAAGAAGCUGCUCCGAGAGAGGGACAGAGUCCGGCGCACCAGCAGAGGAAUCACCGAUCUUUCGAGUCAGGAAAGUACUGUGGGUGGAGAGGAUGAGGAUGAUCGCGAAUUGAUGCCGCCACCUCCCGCCCCGAAGACUCCCAGGAGUCGCAAAUCCAAGUCGAACCUUGCCGAACCGACGACAGCCACCUCGAGCAGAUCCAAGACUCCAAGCAAGAGGAAAAGCAGUUCUCGCGCUCGCGCUUCAGAAACGGAGACGGAUGGCGAGGCAGUUCGUUCGACAGCAAGAAAGACGAGAAAAAGCACACCCGGUCCAACACCAGUGCUUGCGCCAGCCGUCAAGCUGGAAGAACCUCGUCGCAUCAAGCGUGAGGACGGCGGAACCCCCUUCUCCGACGAAAAUCCAUUCCAGCAAGGUUCGAGCCCACCAUCAGCCUCAAGUCGUAAAUCUUCCUCUCGCCGUAAAUCCGCCGGCAGGCCUGGCUCCAGCCGGCGGCGCGAGACAACCUCACCCACUAUUAAGCACGAAGAUGAUGGGCACACCUCAUAUCAAUUCCCUAUUGAACAACUGCGUUCCCGAGACUACAUUCCAGCCACGGAAGAAUUCACUCCCGAUGCUGCACAAGAAGUCGCCGUUGAGGAUCAACUAGUCCCGCGGCGCACUCAAGCCCUUGUUAGGCGCAAGAAGAAACAGCAAUCGAGCCCGGUCGCCAAAAAUGCAUCUCUCGCUGCUCUCACCGCUGUGCUCGCUGCGCUCGCGGCCUGGUACAGGCAAGAAAAGGUCAAUGUUGGCUACUGUGGCGUGGGCGCGCCUGAAUGGUCACUCACAUCAAACCCGAAUAUUCCUCCUUGGGUGCAUGAAAACCUUGGCCCUAACUGCGAACCCUGCCCGCAACACGCGAUAUGCUUCCCAAAUAUGGAAGUGCAAUGUGAGAAAGACUUUGUAUUAUCUCAGCAUCCUCUCUCGCUCGGUGGCUUGGUGCCGGUUGCACCUACCUGCGAACCUGAUUCUGAAAAAGAGCGGCGAAUCAAGGCUGUAGCAGACAAGGCGAUAGAGGAGCUCCGAGAGCGUCGAGCGGCUUACGAAUGCGGAGAAGAACUCGCUCCCGAAGAGUCAUCUUCGGUGGUAGAGGAGGUCAAGACCGUGGUCAAGGCGGGCGAAACGAAGCUCGAAAUUUCCGAAGAAGCUCUCAAGGCGAGAGUCUCCGCACAACGCCGCCGAGAUAUGAGCCCAAGUGAGUUUGAAGCGCUUUUUGAGGGAGCGCUCGACGACGUCAAAGGUCGUGAGGAAGUGGAGAACGCCGCUGUCGAUUCUAGAACCCGAAACUACCUCCGAAGCACCAGCCUCGCCAAUCUCCCCCUCACCUGCGCUGUCCGCCGAUAUGCUGUCCGAACCGUGGCAGCGUAUAGAAUCCCUCUUGCAUUUCUGAUGCUCGUCGUGGCGGGCAUUGCGUACGUGAGAUCACGAAUUCUUGCCUACCAAGCUGCUACAGCGCAAAUACCUGGCCUCGUAGCGACCACGCUUGACCGAUUGGCUACACAAGCCGCACUGAAAGAGGACGGCAGAGCCAAGGAAGCCCACCUCAGCGUUGGCGGGUUACGCGAUGACGUUUUACGAAAUGUCUUCAGCGCGCACGAGCGCGAAAGGGUCUGGACCAACGUGCGGAAGAUAGUGGAAGGAAACAGUAACGUCCGGGCUGCAACACGGGAAGGGCGUGGUGGUGAAGUAGGCCGAGUUUGGGAAUGGAUUGGCCCUGUCGAUUUUGCUGGUGUGGCGGGCCUUGAUGGGCGCCGAAGCGGUGUCGGUUACAGCUUAGGAGGCGAGUCUCGGUUCAGCUUGGAGUCUCCGGCAGCAGGCAGCGGCACUCAAACGCCAGUGGAAGCAGGCAAUGCUCCAGGUGCUCAAGACGGCCCCCGGAGCUGGAACGAGGGUCGGACUUACUUCUAG